AUGAUCCGUCAUCCACUGGAAAACCUGCUGGCGUCAUCCACUGCUGCUCACGUCAACCGUUUCCUCCGAGACACACAACUCUCGGGCUCCAUGCCAAACCUGCUUUCGGCGCCGCUCGCCCAAAACAGCCCCGACUACAAUCUGGUUAACAUGGCUUCCACACCUCAACUUGAUGUACAAGUACAAGAAUCGCCAGACCUCCACGAUGCAAACGCCAAUAACAACAAUCCGUAUAAGAACAUGCUCAAGUACAAGCCGAACGAGAACUUCUGCGGCGAGAUAUCGUCAAUUGGUGGAGUUUCUGUACCCAACACAUUCAAACACAAAUCGCAUCCUAAUGCCCAAACAAAGGAAAGAAUCGGACUCUCGGUGCCAUCCGAGGAGCAUCUUCUGAUGGAAUCUCUCCAGCCCGUGAAAACCUCCACUGUCAAAGGAAUCUCACUCUCUAAUGAGAAUUCUCAGGUCGAAGGUAAUACUCCAAGCUGGAUGCCGCCUGGAUUGGAUCAGAAGUGGGACGAACCUGCCGAAGAGCCCUUACAGGGCCAAACAUCAUCCGGCUCUGUUCGGAUCCGCCCUCCAAAGGUUAGUGACCCAAACUUGGACUUUCUCAAUUCCGAAAGCAACACCUUUGUGCACAAUGCACCCGCAUCAGACCAGGCACCAGCAUCGACGCCCAUUUGGAAACGCAUGUCACAUGAGUAUCAAACAAAGGCACUGCAGCCACUACAGAGUAUCUUUCAAUCGGUUGAUGAAUCAUCUGAGAGAGAUAAAGAAGGGUCAAAGUCUCGACUAAACUCUAAGGUUGGUGAUUCGGAGCUCACGCUGUUUUCGACCGCUUCGACCCCGGUGGCCACAAGAGAGUCUGACAUGCACUUGACGCAACAUCAGAUUCAUCAACUAGAAGAUAUGUUGGAGAGAGCCAAAGAUAAACCGGAUGAUUACCAGAUGAAGGGUUCCCCCUUGAAGCUCUUCGGUACUGAAUACGACACAUUCACCAAGGCUAUUCUAACUAAGUUUGUGGAAAAUGUUAGAUCCAAUACUAGCAGUGUGCAAAGGGAGCAGCUUCCAGUGCCCAUGCAGCUUUCGGCCCCAAAGUUAAAUAUCAAGAACUUCACAAAGUUUGGUGACUACACCGAUCAGGACUUCAAGAAGAACGCCAAUAAUUUAUUCGCUAACAUUCAGAAAAAGGCACAACAUGGCUCUAAUGUCUUUAAUAGACCUUCAAGCGAGUCCUUGUCAUUCCAUAAAUCUUUGUCGCACAGCCACACUACGGCAACCUCCACACCCAAAGCUCGCAAGACACAAGAUAUAGAUGAAAUUGCUUCCAUCAAUGAGUACUCUCCGUACUCGACGGAUUUUGAUGAAAGCAGCUCGGUUGCAGAUAUUAAUGAAAAGGCUGAGUCGUCAUUAGGCGACCAUCAUGAGUACACGUCCAUUGAAAGAACUUUUCUUACCAAGAAAGAUCAAGAGUUGCAUGGUCAAACUCCAGUUCCAGAUAAUGCUAGCUCUUACACCUUUGAUGAUAUGACCGAUUUCGAUGAAACAGAUGCCGAUCUUCACGGAUUUCAUGCACUGACGAAGGAGAAAUAUAAGAAUGCCCCGACUCAGAACAAAGCCACGACCUCCUUCACCGAUAACUCUCCGUUUGGUGAAAUGCCCUCUCACCUAGACAACUCCAUGUCUUCCGUCAAACAGUAUUGGGGUGGCCAGAAAAGCCAACCUCAGCCAUCAAAGAGUUCUACCGAGAGCUUUGAUUUAACGGACCCACAUAUCGACCAAAGUUCGCAGCUUAUCAAAUGGAAGAGAGCCUCGCAGUUGGAUCUUUCCAAGGUUCUGCCUAACAGGAGAGUUUUGAGAGAUAGUAGUGCUAGUAAUAUUGUUAAGGGCACAAUGAAACCUGGCAACUAUCCUGAAAAGUAUGGGAAUAUGAUUUUUGACUAUGAAAACCAUAAGUGGAUCUCUAAUGUCCAAGGAAAUCAACUGAUGAGAGAAUUGGAUUCCAUUGAAGACUUAAUUUCCGAGGGAAGUGAAGAGAAAUCAAGACUAACCCAAAAGCGAAGGGAAGUGAGUAUCCUUAAACUGACGAAUCGCCCAUCUAGAGAAAAGAAUCUUGAGGUAUCUUUCCAGGUACCUGACUCUACGGCUGAAUCAUUGGAACAACCGAAAGGUAACGCCAAUGUGACCUCAUUGUCUGAUUUGGGUAAUUUGACAUUCACUCAAUCAAAUAAAAGAUUAAUUUCGUUGAUUACCGGGUCAACAGAUGAAAGUCUUUGGGAGAAGAUUGAUUUCAUUGACUUGGCCAACAAAAAUCUAGAAAGAGUGGAAGGUCUUGAGGAUUACCUUCCAAGCCUCAGAAAGUUGAAUUUAGCCAAUAAUCAUCUAGAGUUCAUUGAUGGACUCCCACUGGGAAUUCUUGAGAUGGAUUUAAGUCAUAACAGCGUUGGCAAUAUUACAUCUUUCAAGAAGUUUAGGGAUUUGCAAAUUCUUGACGCUUCUUAUAAUGUUCUCAAUUCAUUGUCUUGUCUAUCCUACAAUGUGCACCUCACUAAACUUGAUCUCAGCAACAAUAACGUGAGAAAGCUUGACGGAUUAGAACAGAUGAAUAAUCUUAUGUCUUUGGACAUUUCAAACAAUGACUUGAUUGGUCACAUCAAUUUCAACAAGUUCAAUUUUCCGAACCUUCAAGUCCUCAAUUUGGCUGAAAACAAACUUCAGUUGGUGACAGGGCUCGAAUGUGUUCCUAAUCUCCGAGUUUUGAAUAUAAAUGACAACAGGCUUGAAGGUAUCUCAUGCUUACUGAUCCAUCGCCACUUGAAGAAGCUUUCUCUAAAAUUCAACAGGUUGAAGAAAUUGAGUGUUGAACCAUUCCCAUUCUUGAGAAUACUUCGUAUUGAUGGCAACUCCUUAGACUUCGUUUCAGAUCUCAAAAAAUUGAAAUUCCUUCUUGAAAUGUCCGCCAAGUGUCAAGACAAUCCUAAUAUCACUGAACAAAUCGUUCUGGGAACGCAAGAUAUUGUUACUUUGGACUUAAGUGGAAAUUACGUUCUCUCUUCGCUCUUGUCAGGGCCAUUGCCCACAGAUUUAUUCGCUAAUCUCAACCAGUUGAAUUUAUCUGCUGUGGGGUUGACAUCUAUACCCGAUUCCUUCGGAAAGACAUUCGGAAACGUACGUGAGUUGAAUAUCAAUUUCAAUAAGUUGACCAGCCUUGAGGGAUUGACGAUGCUUUGCAGACUCAAAAAGAUUACUGCAGUAAGUAAUAACAUGUCAAAAAUGGAGAUGAUUCUCAACAGUUUGUGCAAUUCCAGAAAGACUUUGAAGCUUCUUGAUUUGCGUUUGAACGUGUUCAAUUUUGAAUUCUACCCGUAUGUCUUCAACCCUCACGAGUUGGAGCUUGCAAAUGCUUCCAAUGUCAAAAACUUCGACUCUAGCCCAAUCCCGUUGGAAGCUCAUGAUGACAUCGAGAACUUUUCUAUUCACUACAAUACUCUCGUGAAGAGCCAAGAGGAAUGGGAAGAGAGAGACGCAGAUUUCUUUGCGAGAAUGAGAGCUGAAGGUAAUUACAAGCGUAUCAACGAGCGACUUAAUUAUGAGACCAUUUUGAUCAAAUUUUUCCCUAAGCUCAAGAAUUUGGACGGUAGUCACGUUUCUCUUGAAAGAAGAAACCAAAUGGAGAGUCGAAUUCAUCUCAAUUAA